AUGCUGAAAUCUCUGCGUAACAAUUACGUUCUAUGCAUUGCUCGACGAUGGAGUAGCUCCGACGCCACAACUGAUACUGCACCUGCAUUGCGUCGUUCGAAACGUAUAAAGACCAGCCGCGAACGACGAGAACACUUUGACGCUCACAGUCGAAAGGCGGAAGGCGAAGGAAACCAUAUUCCUUUUCCAACAGCUACUCAGGAACGUAGACUACCAAAGAAAAAAGUUGCCCUCUAUUUGGGAUUCAAUGGCACUGGAUACCAGGGAAUGCAAUGGAACCCGACAGCCUCCUCUAUUGAGCAAACCUUAUUUGAAGCAUUGUGUAAAGCGGGAGCCGUUUCCAGCCUCAAUUCAACUGAUCCGAAAAAGGAUCCGCUCAUUGUUAAAAAAAUCAAUGCCAACUUACCCGAACAAAUACGCGUUUGGGGUUACACUCACGUCAUGGGCUCAUUUCAUGCCAAGAACUCGUGCAAUGCGCGAGAAUACGAAUACUGGCUACCCACGUACACAUUGAUGCCACGACCACCUUUGAGUCUUCGUCAUUGUCCAAAGGUAAUCAAGCCUGUACGCGAAUACCCAACCGAUAUCAGGAUAGCCUCACCAUCCGACGGCGACACAGAUGCUGCCGGCUACAUUGAGCCAAACUCACCCGAGGAAUUCGCUCUCAAAAGCAGCAGCUAUCGAAUAGAUGCAGAGCGACUGGAAAAGUUCAAGCAGGCCAUGAGCAUGUUUGAAGGCACACACAAUUUCCAUAACUAUACCAUCGCGCGCGCAUAUGCCGAUCCAAGCGCACAUCGACACAUGAUGAAGAUUCAAGUCAGCGAGCAGCCAACGUAUUACCAAGGAACCGAAUGGCUGAGUGUCAAAUUACGAGGCCAGUCAUUCAUGUUGCACCAAAUCAGAAAGAUGCUGUCCAUGGCAAUGCUGGCUGCUCGUAGCAGCUCGCCACUGACAAUUAUUGAUAGAUCAUUCGAGGAAAAGAAGAUCAAUAUUCCCAAGGCACCAGCACUAGGAUUGUUGCUUGAUCGACCGUUGUUCCAGCAUUAUAAUCAACGAAUCGAAAACCGCUCUGAUCGUGAGCCGAUCUGCUUUGAUCAGUUUCAGAAUGAAAUGAAAAUGUUCAAGCAAGAAUGGAUCUACUCUGAGAUAUUCAAAUCAGACAAGGCAGAUCAAGUGUUCGAUAACUUUAUGCUGAUGGUCGAUUCACAAGAGGGACCUGCGUUCAAGUACAUCAACGAACAUGGCGUUAUCCCACCUGAAUCAGUGAUCUCCUCCAAGUACCAGUAA